UGUACAUGCGCUAAUUAUUAUUAUCAAGAGGCGUUCCGAAAAGGAAAAAAUAUGGCGAUGUUGAAGCAACAAGGCCAAUCACAGUUUGAAGAAAGAUGGCCUACAAUGAGACUGACAGCCCUCAAGUUGUUACGUCAGGAACCCGUCACAAAGGCAGAGUGGCAGGACCUGUUUUGUGCUGUACAUUCAGUUUGCCUUUGGGAUGAUAAAGGACCACAGAAAAUGUAUAAAGCUUUACAAGAUGAUAUUUUAGAUUUCAUCAGACAUGCUCAAGCUAGAGUUUUACAACACCAGGAAGAUUCCUCUUUACUGAAGGCAUACAUUGCUGAAUGGGGGAAAUUUUUCACCCAGUGUGACUAUCUCCCAAAACCAUUCAUGCAGUUGGUGACAUCACUGGCAGGGAAACCUCAUGGGAGUGUCCAGCAAAAGAAGACACAGGGGGAGGAGAGUCUUGUCAGAAAGUUGAUGCUGGACAGCUGGAAUGAGAGUAUCUUCUCGAACAUAAAGCAACGACUACAAGACAGUGCCAUGAAACUUAUUUUUGCAGAAAGAAAUGGUGAAGCUUUUGAUUCACAGCUUGUGAUAGGGGUCAGAGAGUCUUAUGUGAAUCUGAGCUCAGAUGUUGAAGACAAAUUAAAGAUCUACAGAGAAAAUUUUGAAAAGGCUUAUCUAGAAGCCACAGAGAAAUUCUACAAGUUAAAAGCCCCUCUAUAUUUGGAGGCCAAUGGAGUACAGAAUUAUAUGAGAUACGCCGACUGUAAGCUCAAGGAGGAGGAAGCCAGGGCAUUACGUUACCUAGAAACGGGCUGGGGGUGCAACUCCGUGGCAACACUGACAGAGUGUUGUGUAAAUGUUCUGGUUACUGCUUUCAAGGAGACAAUUCUCAAAGAGUGUGCCUCAAUGAUAAAGAACAAUGAAACUGAGAAGCUCCGACUGAUGUUCAGUCUGAUGGACCGUGUCCCUGAUGGCAUCACACCAAUGUUACACGACCUGGAGGCCUACAUUGUUAGUCAGGGUCUGGCCGACAUGAUAGCUGCUGCUGAAACCAUCACCACUGACUCUGAGAAGUAUGUAGAGCAACUGUUGGAAUUGUUUAACAGAUUUAGUACCCUGGUUUACGAUGCCUUCAAUGACGAUCCCCGAUUUCUUACCUCUAGAGACAAGGCAUAUAAAACUGUUGUCAAUGAUACCUCUGUUUUCCGAUUGGAAAUUCCCAUGAAAAAUAAAGGCAUUGGUGCCAAAACUCAGCCAGAGUCUAAAUGCCCAGAACUUUUGGCCAAUUACUGUGAUAUGUUACUGCGUAAAACUCCACUCAGCAAAAAACUAACAUCAGAAGAAGUGGAAAAGAAACUCAGAGAUGUGCUCCUGGUCUUAAAAUAUGUACAGAACAAAGAUGUGUUUAUGAGAUAUCACAAGGCCCACCUGACCCGGAGACUGAUAUUGGAUACAUCAGCUGACAACGAGAAGGAGGAGAAUAUGGUGGAGUGGCUACGGGAAGUGGGCAUGCCUGCUGAUUACGUGAAUAAGCUGGCCAGGAUGUUCCAGGAUAUCAAAGUCAGCGACGAUCUCAACCAGGAGUUUAAAGAUGCCCACAGAAACAAUAACGAAGGCAUUGCAGAUUCCAUCAACAUAAAGAUUCUGAAUGCGGGGGCAUGGGCACGCUCCAGUGACCGUGUGACAGUGUCCCUCCCCAUGGAGCUGGAAGACUACAUCCCUCAGGUGGAGGAGUUCUACCGCCUGAAACACAGUGGCCGCAAGUUACAGUGGCACCACCUCAUGUCAAACGGAAUUAUUACAUUUGGGAACGAUAUAGGUCGGUUUGACCUAGAAGUAACCACAUUUCAAAUGGCUGUGCUGUUUGCAUGGAAUCAGAGGCCAAAGGACCGGAUUUCUUACGAGAGUCUGAAGUUGGCCACCGAGUUGCCAGACACAGAGCUGAGGAGGACACUCUGGUCCUUAAUAGCCUUUCCAAAGAUUAAGCGCCAGCUGUUACUAUGUGAACCCGAUGCUAAGUCCGCCAAAGAUUUUGAUGAUGCUACUCAGUUCUGGGUCAACCAAGAAUUUGCACUCAUUAAAAAUGGUAAAGUUCAGAAGAGAGGCAAGAUCAAUCUAGUGGGACGCCUGCAGCUUUCUACGGAGAAGAGCAAAGAGGAGGACAAUGAAGGAAUUAUGCAGUUACGAAUUCUACGAGUCCAGGAAGCGAUUGUCAAAAUUAUGAAGAUGAGGAAGAGGAUAACCAAUGCAGCUUUGCAAACAGAACUUGUAGAAAUAUUGCGCAAUAUGUUCCUACCUUCCAAAAAACUAAUCAAAGAGCAAAUCGAGUGGCUCAUAGAGCACAAAUACAUGAAGAGAGAUGAGGAAAACAUAAACAUGUUCAUUUACAUGGCGUAAAUUGUGAUACAGUAUUUAGGAAUUCCAGAAAAUGCGGAACAGAAUUUAUAGUGGAGCACAUGGUGGUACUACAGUGGAGCAUAGCACCACAAUAGUUUGCUGUGUUUAUGCUGCAUUUAUGCUGCUGUAGAUGAAGAUUUUCAGAGAGGACAAGUGUCCUGUUCCUGAUCAUACAGCAUGUGUUCCUUGGCACACAGCAGUGAUUUUAUCCACCUCAUUUUCAUCAGUAGACAUUUCUCCUUUCAAUAAAAACAGUAAUAUGUAUUUAUAUACAUAUAAGAUCUGACAUUCACCAUUUCUAACUUUGGAAUUUAAUUUUUAACUUUCUAUUCAAGUAUAUUAUGAGUUUCCAGUUUACAAUUUCAUCUCUUCCAUCAGAUGUCUGUCCUUUCUUUCCAGUCUUUGUACAAUAUUUUGGAGAAUUUCUAAUGGAAUGUUAUUAUUAUCGGCGAUAAUUCGUAUGUGUAGAAAUAUUGUUCAGGGUGAAAGUCCAGUGGCGAGAAUGAUAGAUGAUUUUGUGCGUGGUUUUUUGAAUACAUUUUUAAGGAUAUUCUAGCAGUGGUCUGUAUUUCCUGAAGGCUUUCAUGAGUAGAUUUAUUACACGUUCUCAUUGGACCUUUCUUACAAAAAUAAAUUUGAUGACAUACCUUUUGUACAUGUUCAUAUUAUACACAUACAUUUUGAGUACAAAUGAAUGCUGGAUCCUCAAAUUGUUGAACAUUUCAGUAAUUUGAUAUCUGUUAUUUAUUCCUUUUUUUGUUGUUGAUAAGUUUACAUCUAUAUUACAUGUGUACUUUAUCAACUUUUUUUUAAAAUUAUUUAAAGGAUAUUCUAUACAUCUUAAAAAAAAGAAAUAACAGAUAAUCUUUACCUGUCCGUUUUACCUGCACCGUACAUGUUAUUGAUUUGUACACUGAUUACCACAGACAAAAUGUCUACAAAAUAUGUACAGGUUUAUUAAUGAUUCUGCCUUUAAAUCUGUCUUUUAUGAAACCUGUACUAAGGUCAACCGCGAAAUAAAGUAAAAUUUCUCUUAAAUUACUACACAUUUUAAAAUUCUCUCGCCUCAUAGAUAGAUGCUUUGUACAUGUCCAAGUUCAGGAACAGUAUACCAGCUGUUACUUUAUACAUAAAUGUACAUUGUAGGUUCAAGAAUAUUGUUCUGUAACUGUGUACACUGCAAGUUAAUGCUAGUUAUUAUUUGUGCUUGAAGGAAAUAUUGCAUGAUAUACUGAGUGAUUUUUUUAAAAGAGAAUGCAAGAAUUUGAAUGCAUGUGUAUGUUAAUGUAAAAAUGUAAUGUGUAAAGCGAGGUUUUGUGUAAUAAACUCAAAAUUACAUCAAUGUA